AUGCCAACGGCCCUUCAGAAAACAAUCUUUUACCUUAAGGCCAUUUAUAUAACUGCUGCAGUCAUUGUCUCGGCUUCAUAUGGUGUUGUCGCGUCUAUUGUCCUCGCGUUUUUCCGCCGUCGCGGAUUGGCUCAGUAUACAACCGGUAGACUCUUCUAUUACCUGGCUUACCCCGUACUACGUAUCGGGUUCCGGUUUGUCGAUGGUGCCUCUGAAAAUUAUGCUCGAUACUUAUCAUCUUCUUCAUGGUGGUCUGGAUCACCUGAAUUCCUAAGACCCUGUGUCAUUUUAUCCAACCACCAAUCGGCCCUUGACGUUCUUAUGUUGGGACGUAUUUUCCCUCCCUAUUGUUCAGUUACCUCCAAAGCCAGUCUACGCUGGGUCCCAUUUCUUGGAUGGUUCAUGGCACUAAGUGGAACUGUAUUUCUUGAUCGAACCAACUCACGUGCAUCUGUAGCUACACUGUCAUCAGCUGCAGAUUCUGUUCUUGCACGGUCUCAGCAAUCUGUCUUUAUGUUCCCUGAAGGUACUCGGUCCGGGUUCAAAGUUCCUGGACUUUUAACACCACUUAAACGUGGCGCAUUUCAUAUGGCAGUUCAAGCACAGAUCCCUAUUGUUCCCAUUGCUGUUUCAAAUACAAGUAACUUGUUUGAUCCAAGUAAGAAAAUGGUCCGACCAGGAACUAUUAAACUAAAAGUUUUGGACCCUAUCCCCACCGAGGGACUUACAAGAGAAGAUGUCCCACAACUGGCUAUUAAGGUGGAACAGAUGUUGGAAGAGGCUAUUAAGGAGCUUGGAUAUAGUGAAGUUUCUGGGCAGAUAGAUGGCGAUGACGAUGAUGAUCAGGACGGAUUGGAGACCCCACUAGUUCAGCAGCAACAGCAGCAGCAACAACAACUGGAACAACUGGAACAACUGGUUGUUUAG